AAAUAUAACUGACAAAUUUGUUUUGCAUUUAUAGUGUACUGUUCAGUUUCUGGGGCUUUGUGUUUUGGCACUGAGUUGUGUAUUUCUUUCUGUGCCACCGCUUUGUUUAGUCUCAUUGUUGGUUCUUUUGAUUUGCAUGUUGUUUUUCUGAUCUGGGUUUGAGUUCUUUUUGUGUUCUUUGGUGUUUUGGUGUCUGGGUUUGUGGGUUUUUGAUUGAAAAGGUUGGUUUUUGAAGUAAGCUGAUUUUAGAUAUGGGGGGUUAUUGAUUGAUUUAUGCAAUUUUGGUUUAUUCAUUCUGGGUGGGUUUUGAUUUUCACUGUUAUUUGGGGUUGAUGUUUGUUGUAAUGUGGUGCUUUUUUGUGGCGUGAAUAUUGAGUUUUAGGAUUUGGAGAAGAUGGGAUUAGGUCCUGAAACUGUUAAUGUGGGGAAUUGGAGUGUUGGAAAAUCAAAGAAAAAGAAGGAAGAUAAUGAGUCCGGUGAGACUGGUUCAGGGUGUUGGUUUAAGUUUAGGUUAAUGGGAAGGUCCUUAUCUUCCAGGUCCAAAAGGGAUGGUUCCAGUAGUGGCACUAGCACUCCUUAUGCAGAAAGUAAAUCAACAAAUGAUAACAGUCGGGACCAACCGGUUGUUCCAACAGCAUCACCCUCGACUACAACUACAAGCAACACCUUAAGUCCAAUAUCAUCAACUCCCAACAGACUCGAAGAAUUUAAAAUUUCUCCCCAGCUUCGGAAAUUCUCCUAUAAUGAGCUUAAGUCAGCAACCCGAAAUUUUAGACGUGAGAAUCUUCUUGGCGAGGGUGGGUUUGGCUGUGUAUACAAAGGUUGGAUCAAUGUGGCUGGAACGUGUCCAUUGAAACCUGGCAUUGGCCUUCCUGUUGCUGUAAAGACCCUCAACUUGGAGGGACUUCAGGGUCAUAAAGAAUGGCUUGCUGAAGUUAAUUUUCUUGGCGAGUUCUGCCAUCCUAAUCUGGUUAAGUUAAUUGGUUGUUGCAUUGAGGAUGAUCAGAGGCUACUUGUGUAUGAGUUUAUGCCCCGAGGAAGUUUGGAAAAUCAACUGUUUAGAAGGUCUGUGCCUCUUCCUUGGCCUAUCAGAAUGAAAAUUGCACUUGAUGCUGCAAAGGGCCUCGCCUUUCUUCAUGAAGAAGCUGAAAAGCCAGUGAUAUAUCGAGAUUUUAAAACCUCCAAUGUACUAUUAGAUGGGGACUACAAUGCCAAGCUUUCUGAUUUUGGACUUGCUAAAGAUGGUCCAGAGGGAGAUAAGACUCAUGUAUCUACCCGAGUAAUGGGAACUUAUGGUUAUGCGGCCCCUGAGUAUGUGAUGACAGGGCAUCUUACAGCGAAGAGUGAUGUCUAUAGCUUCGGGGUGGUUUUGCUUGAAAUGUUGACUGGCCGAAGAUCAGUGGACAGAAACCGACCCAAUGGAGAGCAAAGCCUGGUUGAAUGGGCUAGACCAUAUCUUGUAGAGAGGAGAAGGUUCUAUCGGAUAAUGGAUCCUCGCCUUGAGGGAUGCUUCUCGAUCAAAGGUGCUCAUAUAGCAAUUCAGUUGGCUGGCCACUGCGUCAGCCGCGACCCCAAAACCAGACCUCUUAUGAGUGAAGUGGUUGAAGCCCUUAAGCCACUGCCCUCCCUGACAGACAUGGCCUCUUCUUCUCCAUACUUUCAAGCAAUGCAAGCAGAGCACUCGAAUUCUAACCGUGGCACUAGAGUGCAGGCUGGGAACACAUCAAGGAAUGGACAACCAAUGCGAAGUGGCUCUGUACCAAAUGGUCCACAUGGCUCACCAUAUCAUCGUAACAAUCCUAACCGAUCACCCAAGCCUAGUCCUGAAUGGUCAACUGAGCCUAAUGUCAAUCCUGGUAACAAUCCUAACCAGUCACCUAAUCCUAAUGGCCAUCAACCAUAGCUCUUAGUUUAGAUCAUACUUAAAGAACAAUGUUAUGUAUACACACUUUUGAGUACACAAAUGGGUAUAUACAUGAUGUAUUAUUAUGUGAUUGAGUGUUAUUUUUUUAUUAAUUCAAAAUCUCUUAAUCACGUAAUGAUACAUAAUUUGUAUAUCUUUUUUUGUAGUAAAAGUGUGUACGAAUAGUUUUAUUAAUACCUAAAAGUUAAGUAACAGGAACUAACAGGUAUAUUAUCUAAUGUUUACCUAUUUUGUUACUGAAAAAGUAACUGGUGAGUUAGUUUUGAACAUGACAAAAAUAAUUUAUACAGCUUAUGCCUUUUGAACA